GGAGCGCCGGCGCUCGGCGGGGCGGAGGGAGGAGGGAGCGCCCGGCAGACGAAUUUCAGGCGAUCCCUCAGUCUCUGUGACUCCGGCGAGACAUGUCGGUGGCGUUGAACUUGCGCCGCUUGCUCGCCCUCUCCACUGCGCUCAGUCUCCCAGAUCUUGUGCGAGGACAGCUCGGUGAUGGAUGUGGACAUACGGUGACCGGCCCUGAGAGUGGCACCUUGGCGACCAUGGACUACCCUGGCACCUACCCCAACCACACCUGGUGCAGGUGGCAGAUCCGUGUGGCAGAGGGGAAGGCAGUCAUGUUGAUGUUUGCUGACUUGGACAUCGAGUACUCUGAGAAUUGCUCCUCCGAUUCUGUGCACGUCACUGCUUCACCCGCCAAUGGCAGCUACGGUAAGGGGUCAACAAUUUGGGGUCAAGUUGGUGGCUCGUUUAGUUUAGAGACUCGGCGUGGAAACAGGCCCUUCGGCCCACCGAGUCCGCGUCAACCAGCGAUCCCCGCAGAUAUGAUUUCCUGUUUGCAUAAAGGUAUCCAUUAUUCUCAGCAACGUUUCACUAAGUAUUGCCCAGCCGGCUGCAAAGGCAUCAGCGGUGACGUGUGGGGAAACCACCAGGACGGCUAUCGUGAUACAUCCGUUCUGUGCAAGGCAGCUGUGCACGCCGGGGCAAUAGCUGAUGAACUAGGUGGACAAGUGUCGGUGACGCUGAAGAAAGGCAUCACGUUGUACGAGGCCGCUUCUGCCAACGGAAUUUCAACCAGAAGGGGUUCCUUGUCUGAGAAACGCAUCAAGAUUAGAAAAGAUUGCAGCCUUGUUCUGGACAGCAGACGCAUCACAGCCUCGUCCUCCUGGACAGAGAAGACCAACACUGGCGAGCUCAGCGACUGGUCUCCGGACAAAGCGGGUACAAGCAGCAACGAGGAGUGGCUGCAGAUCGACCUCGGAGAACGGAAGAACGUCACAGGAAUUGCCACCAGAGGCAGCACCAACAAUGGAUAUAACUUCUAUGUGAAGACGUACAAGAUUUCCUACAGCAAGGAUAGAAAGACCUGGCGAUUCUACAAGAGGAAAAAUAGCAGAGAAGAUCAGGUUUUUGAAGGGAACGCGAACAGCCACCAACUGGUCCGCAACGACUUUAUCCCGUCCUUUGUGGCGAGAUACGUUCGACUCGUUCCACAGCGAUGGCACCAAAGAAUAGCUCUGAAGGCAGAAGUGAUGGGUUGCAGGGUAUCGACGAGGAAUCGAACCCCUGAUGUUCUGCGUAGUCCAAGACCUUUGCCAAAGCCAACCUAUAUGCCCACGGAAAGCACCACUCCACCAGAUGUGGUGAUUGUCGAGGAACAUCUGCCAGGUUUUAAUUUGAUUGUGGUGCUUAUUGUUGUCAGUUUCCUAGUAAUAACUUCAACGGCUGUCUUAUUACUGUAUCUGUUCUGCAGAAAAAGAAAAUCUGGAAAAAGGAUGCACUCUUCUUCACAACAAGCUUGUGAUGAACCGGUGAAAAAGCAAAACUGUCAGAGGAGUCAGCUUCAGCCGACAGAAUCGGAGAUCAUCACUUAUACCAGUGAAGAGGGAUCUUGUAGGAGUAUUACUGGCAACACCUUGUCAGACUAUGCAGAACCUGACAUCAUUCAAGGCGGCAUUGCAGCCCAAAAAGCUGCAUCAACGUUCAAGCCGCCAAUGGAUGAUGGCUACACCGUACCGCUCGUUGUGAAUCACUACGACGUUCCAUUUUCAGGGAAGAACCAUGAAUACGCUGAACCGUUUCCCAACCAGGAACCGGAAUAUGCAACACCAUUUGUUGAACCAAGUGUAGAGUCAGAAACGUCGACAAAGAAAAACGUGUGCGUAGUGGUAGUUAUCCCAUCAGUGCAAGAAGCACUUUAAAAACCUUGGUGUAUCCUGUGCAUGGCAACUCCUGUCAGCCAUUAAACUGAUCCAUCGCCUGUACGGAACCAUCAUCAAGAUGGGCAAGAAGCAGCCCGGCCACAACCAGGAAAGGCAAAUGGGAAUCACACCAAAAGAACACUGGUCAAUGCCUGAUACUCCGUAAUAUUGGUGUUCUAUUAGCACUAUGACUCGUGAACAAUAAGCACGUGUAGGUUUUAAAACCUACAUCACAUUCCUGAGUAAUGAAGGAAGUUGACAAUACAGCACUAUUUAUGUCAUUGCAUUUAGAAGACAUGAAUUGAGGGGGAGAAAAAUGGUUUCUGGGCGUCGAUCCCAAGCAACGAGCUGUAUUAUUGCGUUCAAACCACUGUGAAAGCAUUGAAUUCAAUGCUGUCUCCAACGAGGAAAGUUUUUACAAUCUCUAUUUAAUGUAUUUUUAAAUAUAAAAAUAUUAUAUAAAAGCACUUCGUAAAAUAGGAUUGGAUGGUUUACGUUACAUUAAUUGCUACCCAUCUUUGUUACAGAAUAUUUUUUGCUACAAAAAACUGCUGGUUUAUCUAAUUGAGAAUUAAUUAAAUUUGUAUUAAUUAAAUGUGAAAUCUGCA